AGUUUAUGUUUCGAUCCGCCAUCUAGUGGCAAAGGCUCUGAAGCCAUGAUGUUAUUGUGAGGAACCAAACCCCAGAAGCGGAACCAACGAGAGCGCAAAUGUUUCUCAUUGUUUAGGGGGAAAAAGCGAGCGAGCGCUGACAGCCCCGGAAGUCAUCCUUGCCGGUGUGUUCGGAUUGAAGGAGAUUUGACAGAUAGAUAUGUGUCUGAAUGCUGAAUUAUGCGAUUGUUGUUUUGACUGGCAGUUCCUAAAUGAAGGAGAUUUACUACAAACAACACAGCAAGGAAUAUUUUAAUUUGACAUGGCAAUGGCCCGCAGGUGUUUCUUACAAAUCUAUCACACUGGGUGCAUCGCGUCCACGGUUUUCCCUGCAGUUACUCGACUGAACCCGAGGCUUGGCUAUGGUCAUGUGCCAAGAUGGAUUCAUAGCAGUGCAGUGUUUUGCAAGAGCAAACCAGACAGUACACAUCUUCAGGAAAUAAUAGAACAUGAGACUGAGAAAAAGUCCAAAUCUUUGGUCACGCACGAUGAUCUGUUUGAGCGAGCAGCAAGAGAUGCAAAGAGCAAAGCCAGUUUCAACCGAGUGCUGGACACCUUCAACAAGAAGGACAUCCGGCGGCGUGGGCAUGUGGAGUUUAUUUAUGCUGCUCUGAAGAAAAUGCCUGAAUUUGGAGUGGAGCGAGACAUCACAGUCUACAACAAAAUCUUGGACGUGUUUCCCAAAGAGGUCUUUGUGCCACGUAACUUUAUUCAGAGGAUGUUCAAUCACUACCCCAGGCAACAGGAGUGUGGGGUGCAGGUGCUGGAGCAGAUGGAAAAUUACGGCAUUAUGCCUAACAUGGAAACUAAAGUCCUCCUGGUUCAGAUCUUCGGCGAGAAGAGCCACCCGAUGAGGAAGUACCAGCGGAUCAUGUACUGGUUUCCCAAAUUCAAGAAUCUGAAUCCAUUCCCAGUGCCUCACGAGCUCCCGCAAGACCCAGUGGACCUCGCCCGUUUCAGCCUCACCCGCAUCGCUAAUGACCUGGAUGCUAAAAUUACAGUUUAUCAGCUUCCUUCCACACACAUUACAGAGGCAGGAGAGGAGCUCUCACACCCGCAUAUCGUUGGCAUCCAGAGUCCAGACCAGUGCUCUCUGCUUGCCAAGCACAACCCAAACAGACCUGUGUUUGUGGAAGGCCCAUUUCCUCUGUGGCUCAAGAAGACCUGUGUACAUUAUUAUCUGCUCAGAGCUGACCCUGUCCCCCCUGAGGAGCAGAUAGAGGAAGAGCUCGAUCCUGAGUUGCUUGGUCCAGAGCAGAGCCUCUUCUAUCCCCAGUAUAUUGACCUGGACCUUAAGAGAGACUUGGGAGAUGAUGACAGCUUUGAUGUGGAUGAUGUGGUGGAAGGGGCGGUCUAUGCUAUGUGCAUGACGGGACAAAGUGACCAGGCUACGCUAGCACAAUGGAUCAGUGGACUGCAGGAGAACAACCCAGUCUUAGGGAAGGUUCCCACUGUGUUUCGUCUGGAUUCUGGAUCCAGAGAAAUGCAGAAAGUUGAAGAUAUUCGCCAUGAUUCUGGACAAAAUCAGUACCGAGGAACUGAAGAGGAGCAGAUCAUAGAGGAGGAAGUAUUGCACUCGCAUGGUAUGAAGCGGUGACUGGGCAGCAGUCAGUGGAGUGUGUUCUUGGAAAUUAGUCAAGGCCUAGACUGCAGCCUUGGGCCCUUGUUUGUCCUUUAAGGAACUCUGAUGUUAUGAUAACCUUAGUUGUUAAAAAAAAACUAAGAUUAUUUGGCUACAACAAGAUGCUUUGCCAAGAUGUUAGCUCUCAAUUUAGAUAUUACUUGUUUUUUUUUUCUUUCAGUUCACAGAGAGCUGUGCAGAUUUGACUAGGAAGGACUAUAACGUUUAAAAGUAUAUUUAAUUGAGACUGGGGUUAAGAUCAUUUCAUGAAAAAGAUGCUCUGCUGAAGACAUUUGAAACGGACUGAUCAUAUUGCCUGUUGUUUGUGAGAGUUUGCUAAAUGCUAUUAAGGCAAUAAAUAAGCUCUCUUUAUACAGCUGUCUGUUUCUGCAGUGUCAUUGGUGGAAUCAUGGGCGACAUGUUCAGCAACAAACCACUAAUGUAUUGUUACACAGUAGACCGAGCAUCUCAUUGAAUUCUUUAGCAGUUAAGAUGAUCUUUUUUUUUUUUGAGACAGGAGGUCAAGUCCAGAACAGCACUGAUCAAGAGAUUUCAGAGGAAUGUCAUUGAGUUGUGCAGAUCUAAGAAUGGUGUACAAGCUGAUGCAAAACGAAAUGAAUAGUUUCUGACUAUGUGAUUAACAACAGAUGUGAGGCAGCAAGAAUAUAAAUAACAUUUCAAAGCUGUAUUAAUGAAAACAUUAUAAUAAAGCAGAUGUUCUAGAUAGUACAGUUCCAAUAAAA